AUGCUUAGGCGAACCAUCUCUCAGUCCACAGUAGGAUCCUCCGCCUCCCAAGCCAUACAGACGUCAGAAGAUGUCCACGUACACCGACGCGUCUUCAUUGGGCCCAUGCCAGAGAAACUACUCUCUGGCGAGGCCACCACGGAUCAAGACGAAGAACGAAAUCUCAGUCAACUCGUGAAAAAUACCGCCUACAGGUUCUUUCUUCUAGGCGGGGGAAACCCAGAUGAAUGGGGCGAAAGCAACGAGUCCAGCGUCCGCGAGGAGAUGCUCAGUAAAUGGCGCGAGAGCGAAUGGGGUGCCAUCUGGAAUAGAAAACUUGCCGCGUCAAGCACAGUCCCGGACCAAAAAUGGGUGGGUUCAAGCUUUGAGGUGGGAAGCUUUCUUGGCGUGAACGUUCUUGAAUCUAUGGAGGCUGUUGCGUCUGCCCGUUCUAGUCGAAAAGGCAUGUCCGACGUACAUCUACCAUUAAUACUGGAAGACGAAGCUGAACAGUUGCCAUCAUCGGCGUUACCUGUCGGGGAUUCCACGGCGUCUGCCAACGAAACCUUUCUGGAGAAUGGCACCGCAUCCGGCUCGUCUGAUGGUGAUAACCAUAGUACAUCUUCAGCUACUGCGCUUUUAGGACGGCCCAACGCUUCUAGGAAUAGGACAUCCUCGAGCAAAGCGCACACAGAUGUAAUUCCUAGACCUAUCAUCAAGAUGCCUUCCAACAAGAGCAAAGGAAAGCAAAAGGUUCACUAUGCCGAACCUACCAGGAAUCCUGUUGCUCCGGAAGAAGUAUUGGAGCGAUGCGAGCAAGCGGUAGAGGAGACGAGUGCUGGGGCAAUGGCCACAGCAGCUGCAAAUGCAGAUUCGGACGCUGAAUGGGGUGACGUUGUUAUGAGAGACAGGAUGCUCGUGCGAGUCAGCUAUACAGAGUCUGAAUCUCUUGGACUUCAAUUCGACGAGUACCAGCACCGGAUGACGAGUGGCUUGCGUCAUGAAGACUGGGCUGAAUUCAUGGUUGUUUGGAGAAGAGACUUCAUUGAAGUGUAUGAAGAUUAUACCAUUCCCGGAAAGGAGCGUCUGACAGGGCACAAACACCUUGCCUUUCUUGUUCCACUCAAAUCAGGACGAACGCGACUAUCAUUAUAUUCGUUCGUUGAUUUAACCUUCUGCAUCACUUGCCCACCCACCCCUACCUACAACGCGUUUUUUCACAUAGCAAGGUCGGGCACUAACAUCUUCGUCUUCAAACCCAAAAACAGAUCAAGGGGCCAGGACUGGAUGUGGCAGCUGUGGCGCCACAUCGGAGGUCAAGUCCCAUCCAUGAUAGAGGUUCGCAACCCAACUCUGGACGCGAAAGUCAAGAUUGAUGUCCCAAUGAUCGCUACUGUGGAAGGGUAUAGCAGGAUGUUUACACGGAGUAAUGUCAUCGCCCUCUGUUUAAAAUCACUUCGCGAAGUUCCUGAUUGGAAAGAGCUCAUUGAACAAGAGCUUGGAUUGGGUAAAGUUUUAGAGCUUGCGUGGCGAAUGGAUACCAAUUUGGAUUGGGUAUGGCUCGAAGACGACGUGUAUGGGCAGCAAAGAGGCUGGGUUGUUCUCUGUGGGGUGGCAUACAAGCAGGCCCACCUCGAACUUCGUCUUGGGGACCACUAUCCCGCUCGUAUUGCUAAACCCCUGAAUCAUAGCAGCACGGGAACAGAAGACCCUUUUUAUCGUGAACCUCCCAGUAUCGAAGGAUACCUCUCCCGCAUCAAGCCAAACACGCAGCUGAAACAGCGCGUAUAUAUGACCACGCAUGACGGGAAUCUGUUUACUCUUCCAACUUCAAAAGCACAUCCUCCAUCACCAUUUCCCCUCAGAGAGACUGAAAAUUAUGCUCAGAAACUGAACAGGCGCGAGGUUGAGCGAGGAACGUCGCAAAUUCUGGAUGCCAUUGCGGUCGCUGAUUUGAGGAGUAUAAUAGCUGUAAGACGGGCAUUCCAGAUUGUUCCUCCACACACCCACGUCGAGGUCGAUCCAUCGGGUGCUACAGAUAGGCAUGGGGAUACAGAUGCUUCGUGGAUGAACGUCUGGUCCCAGCCUAGCGCAGAAGAAGGUAGCCACAGUGAUGACGAGGACGAGGGAGGAGAAGAUGCCGUCAGCAAAGCUUCGGACAAACCCCACCUAAGAAUGAAGCGCUCGUUUGAGCUUUUUCUGAAGAACGGUCAUGUUAUCAGGUUUGAAUGUUAUUCUCGCAGAUUUGCGCUAGAGUGGAUAAACAGAUUGCGAUCGCUGAUCUCGUACUGGAAGUUGCGACACAGGGCAGAUGCCAAGGACGAGAUGGAUGUUUCUGUAGCACGCAGACCACGGUUGACGCCUAGACUGCAUAUCUGUGAUGAGGUGGAAGACAUACCUCCGACGGCGCCUCCGGAUCCUGCAGCGCCUUUGCCGGCGCUUACCUCCUUGUACAACUGGUGCGUUCUGGAAGGGUGCAAGACCAUCAUAAGGGGCGGUAAGAUUCAUCUGCGGUGGGGACUAAGUGGGCAAUUCAAGCUCGCCCAAAUGAUCCUCAUCUCCGGAAAUCUCUGCUUGUUUCGCAUCAAACCGCAUUCGGCUCUGCAUAAUGCUAAGCAAAAGAAGAUCCCUCUGUCGGAUGCAUACAUAUGUUCGGGAUAUUUUGCGGCCCUAGCACUCCCUCAAGGUCAAUACGAUCCGGAUUCAAACAGUGUCCCACGGCAUUAUCAGGACGGUUUGGAAACCGAUGACCCGGAAGAGGAUACGCUAUUCACGAUCUGGUAUCGGCCCCAGAGCGAUGCGGAUACGGUUCCCUCUUUGUCGGCGAAACACAAACUAGUUGUUUUUCGGACACGAAACAAAUUGGAGCGUGAUACCUGGUGUUGGGCUUUGAACACAGAAAUCGAGAGGAUUUCUAGGGCGCAGAAGGAUAAAGAGGCGAAACUAAGGGAUACUGGACAAUUGACGAGAUUAUGUUUAUAACUUUUCAGAUACCUUUUCUUGAUGGACACUUGCGGAAACCGGAAUCAUCACAUACCACGUACUUGUAGCUAAUAUCCUGGGCAAUAAUUAUAACAAUGCAUUAUCACGAGUUCU